AUGAGUGAUCAGCUAGUCAACCCUGCUGCAUCACUUUCUUAUUUUGAUAUCUCAUACUUAACCUUUGAAGCUGUUUUAGAAGUUGUCAUUGUUUGUUUUGCCGGGUUUUUAGCCGCCAAGACUGGAUUAUUAAAUACCCAAGGGCAAAAGCUACUAAGUUCAUUAAAUGUUGAUUUAUUUACACCAUGUCUUAUAUUUUCCAAAUUGGCUAGUUCAUUGAGUCUAUCUAAGCUUGUUGAUUUAGCUAUUAUUCCAAUUUUCUUUGCCGUGUCUACAUUGAUCUCUUAUGGAUGCUCAAGGGGCGCAUCAUGGUUCUUGUCAUUGAAUGAACCGGAAACUGAUUUUGUCACUGCUAUGGCUGUGUUUGGUAACUCAAAUUCAUUACCAGUUUCAUUAACUUUAAGUUUGGCGUACACUUUGCCAGGUCUUCUAUGGGAAGAUGUUUCUGAUGAUGAUAGUGAUAAAGUUGCUGGUAGAGGUAUUUUAUAUCUCUUGAUUUUCCAACAAUUGGGUCAAAUUUUAAGAUGGUCAUGGGGGUUCAAUUUUUUGUUAAGAAAAAGAUCGCAUGUUGAGUUGAACACAUACUACAAUAAACAUGGUGCUGCUAUUGAAUCAGAAACAACCAGAUUAUUAUCAGCCGAAGAUGCAUUGUAUAUCGAUGAAGAAGAACAAAUAGCCGCAGAGAUUGAUCCAAGUUCAGAGAACAAUAGUGAUGAUUCACAACAAUCCUCUCAUCAAGAGCAAGAAGUUGUUACUCAAGAAAAACCGACAUCGUUAUAUGCAAAAUUUGCUGAAUUACCUGGUAUCAAGCAAUUUCUUUCAUUUAUGAAUCCUCCCUUAUGGGCCAUGUUACUCAGUGUUAUUGUUGCUUCCACCCCAUUACAAAGGGUAUUUUUCCAAUCAGGUGCUGAGAAUGGCGAUGGUUCUUUUAUCCAUAACACAAUGACUGAAGCUAUAUUAGGCCUAGGUUCAGUCUCAAUCCCUUUGAUUCUUAUUGUAUUGGGGUCAAACUUGUAUCCAGCAGCAGAUAUCCCUCCUGCUUCAAAACACUGCACUCGUAUGUUGUUUGGUUCAUUAAUGUCGAGAAUGAUUUUACCACCAAUUAUUUUAUUGCCCAUAAUUGCUGCAUGUGUUAAAUACAUCAAUAUAUCCAUAUUAGAUGAUCCAAUAUUCCUUAUUGUUGCGUUCAUUUUGACAAUUAGUCCACCGGCUAUCCAAUUGAGUCAAAUUUCUCAAUUGAAUGGUAUUUAUCAGAAGGAAAUGUCUGGUGUAUUGUUUUGGGGUUACGUUGUUUUAACCUUGCCCACAACUAUCUUCAUUGUUGUCGCAUCUUUGAAAGUAUUGGAAUGGGCCCAGUUUUAG